CCAUCUGUGCCCGCGAAACAUUGGAGACCUCUCUCGCCACUGGAUGCACUGCAGCUUACGGAGUACUAGUAGCUCAGCCAGAGCUCCAGAACAGGCCCGUGAAAUUCACCAGGAGCCGCUGAACAGGAACGCAACGCCCAUCCGACAACCAUGGCUUCUCAGCUGCUCCCUCUAGAACUCAUCGACAAAUGCGUCGGGUCCCGCAUCUGGGUCAUCAUGAAGGGUGACAAAGAGUUUGCCGGCACACUGGUAGGCUUUGACGACUACGUCAACAUGGUCCUGGAAGACGUCACCGAGUUUGACUACUCGGGCAACCACACGAAGCUGAAAAAGAUCUUGCUGAACGGGAACAACAUUUGCAUGUUGAUCCCAGGAGGUGAAGGGCCGACGGGUAUAGCCGCGUCAUGAGGAGGGAGCGAUGGAUUUACGGAUGGGUGGGUGUAUGGGUCUGAAAUUGAUGAGACCACCUAAGAGGUAGAGGGGGGUUGAUCACGGACGUAGCCGAUCGAGUCCGGUUUAAUUGGGAAGAAACCAUACCCGAAACCCACGUCAGCCUGGGUCACCGAGAUGGGGUA